AUGGUGAUUUUCACGAUUAUUGCAUGGAUGUUAGCAGUUGCCAUGCAGGGGUUAAGCCUGUAUGGGUUCAGUAGUGGUGGGCUUGGGAAGCACGAAGCUACUCUCUCGGAGAGCGAGUUGGUCAGGUUCACUGUGGUGAGAAUGCAUUCCACCCCUAGGAGGUACAAGCUUUCUUCCACUAACACAGUCAAGGUAAUUUUAGCAAUCGUCGUGACGUUUAUCCCAUUAGUUUGUGUCGCAAAGCUGAGCCUGAUCAUGCUAUACUAUCGCCUGAGUCCCCAUGUGAAGCGAUGGAGAUUCUGCAUAUACGGAAUCGCGACCCUCAUCACCAUACCCACACCCGUAUUGGUUUUCCUCUAUUUGUUCGGCUGCCAGCCGGUUGCUAAGGCAUGGGACUCGACCAUUACUGAAGGGCACUGUGUGGACCGUCUCAGUAUCAUGUUGGCAAGUUCGGUGUUAAACGUUGUGACGGAUUUCUUGAUGAUCGUCGCCCCAAUACCUUUGAUCUGGAAAUUGAACAUGCGGGUAUGGCAGAAGCUAGGAGUUACGCUGAUGUUCUUCUUGGGUGGCAUCAGCACCAUUAUUACCAGUAUCUUUCGCGCAAUCACUGUUGAUAAUUUGCUUUAUGAAGGGGACCAUCCCUAUCAUAUGGCCGUUCCAAUUCUAUGGGCGAAUGCGGAAACUGUUCUUGUCAUUAUCUGCGACUGCCUUCCCUCGCUCCGUCCCUUCCUGCACCGCCAUUGUCCUGGAGGCUGCUUCACGGGGUCUGAACCCUCCGGGGUUCCAACUAGUGGGACACGCAAUACGAGGCAACAUGGUCGAAGCCACUAUUUCGACGAUGACAUCGAGCUUAUUCAGAACGACUCGAACCCCUCGAGGCCGAUGGUCAUCACACGGACCGUGGAGAUGGAGUUGCAAUACCACAAGGCCGAAGUGGAUGCAAAGUUGACAAAACAGUCUAUUCCUUGA